AUGCAGCAAUCCACCCUCGCCUGGCUGGGAGGUUGUGAUGUCGUCUAUCUCGUCUUUUGCCUUGGCGUCUCUGCAUACACUAUCUCGCAUGUGUUAGCUAAAUCGGCCGACAAGUGGCCAGUCCUUAAUCCAACUGGAUUUGAGGUCAUCGGGAUCAAGGGAAGAGUGGAGUUUGCGAAGGCUGCUGGCAAUCUGAUCGAGAAGGGUCGCCAGAUGUUUCCUCAACAACCCUACCAUAUGAUCACAGAUACGUGUGAUCUUCUCAUUUUACCACCCAAGUUUGCUGAGGGGAUCCGGAACAACCCCGACUUGAACUUUAUUGGGAGCAUCGUGGAAGACUUCCACGCAACAAUUCCCGGCUUCGAGCCGUUCCGAGAUGGCCGCGAGGACGAGCUCACCAAGACUGUCGUGAAGAAACAGUUGACAAAACUAUUGAACCAGGUGACGGAGCCCUUGUCGGUUGAAGCCGACUUCGCCCUUAGACACCAUUUUGGUACUUCGACAGGUGAGGACCGGCAGAAAGUGGAAGGAAUACGAGUUUUUGAAGAAAUCCUUGAUGUCGUCGCCAGAAUUUCAACCAAGGUGUUUUUCGGAUCCGAGCUCUGCCGCAAUGAGGAAUGCCUCAAGAUUACCAAGAACUACACUGUCGAUUCUUUCAUUGCUGCCUAUAUACUUCGCAUAUUCCCAAAGCCGCUUCGGCAUAUCGCUCACUGGUUCCUGCCGCAAUGCCAGACGAUCCGCCAGCAAUUUGCAGAGUCGAAGAAGCUUAUUAUGCCCGUCAUCCAGGCCCGACGAACGCUCCGUCGGCGCAUGCAGGUGGAGGGAAUACCUACUCCGGAUUUCAAUGAUGCCAUUGACUGGUUCGAUCAUGAAGGGAAAGGUGAACCCUAUGACGAAGCCUCAUGCCAACUCGGCCUGUCCAUGGCAGCCAUCCACACCACCACGGACCUCCUGAUCGAAACGAUGCAGAACAUAAUGUUGCAUCCCGAACUGGUCGAGUAUCUUCGAAAGGAAAUCUUUCAAGUCCUGGGCGCCGAAGGCUGGAAGAAGACAUCGCUGUACAAUCUCAAACUCGUCGACAGUGUUGUCAAGGAGUCUCAGAGGCUAAGGCUCUCGGCAAUGAGUAUGCUCCCUGCGAUCCCCGAGGAGCUACCAUGA